AUGAAUAUUGUUAACGAAAAAGUAUUAAAUUCUAACACUAGCCAUUUAGGUAAAAUAGGAAAACAUAGCGACCUUGAAUAUUUAAAAAAAAGUGAGAUUGAUCAAGAAAAUAUAAAUGUAAAUAAUUUAGAUAAUCUUAUACCAUAUAGUAGUGUCUCUAUGAAUACUAAAAUGGGUUCUAAUAUGAAUACAGAAAGUGUAAUGCAAUCAAAUUUAUCUGCAUCUACUACUAGUAGUGGUUCUGAAAAAUCUAUACCAAACACAUUUAUAUCAAUGGGUUUGAAUGAUGCACAAAAUUAUUGCAAUGGAAUAUGUAUGAACGAAAAUAAUUUGCCUAAUAAUAAAUAUGAUAAUUCAAUUUGCAAAGAUAGAUAUAUUAACAAAGAAAUGGAAAAUAAGUGUUUAUCUAAUAUGAAUAAUGUUCCUUCAGAAAAUAUUAUUAACAAUAAUAAUGAGUAUGAAAGUAGGAUCAUUGAAUCUGAUAAAGAAUCUGUGAAUCCAUGCAUAAAUGGAAAUGACGUUUUAAAAAAAUCUAGAAUAAUUAACUGUGAUAAUAUUCGUAUAAAUGAACUAGGUUUAGAAAAUUCCAAAAAUUUGAAUCAAAUAUAUGGAAAGGAACAAACUGAAGAAGAAAUAAAAUAUGAUAUAAAUCUUAAUAGUGAAAUUUUAAACGGAGAAAUAGUAGAUAGUGAAAUACUGAAUAAACAAAUGGUAGCAUCUGAAAUAUUAAAAAAUAAUAUGAUUAGAUAUAAAAUUUCAAAGAAUCAAUUUAUUGAUGAUACUCCAGAUAAUAUUAUAUCUCAGAUAAGCGAUGAAAAUAAAUAUAUGAAUCCAGAAAUUUCAAUUUUUUCAAAUGGACAAAAUAUAAAACUUUUAAAAAAUAAUGUACAAAAUGACAUUCCUAUUAAUAUUGCAUCUAGUAAUGAACACGUAUUAUUAAACUCACAUCUGAAUAAUACAAAUGUGUUUAAUUCUGAUACAAUAACUAAUUGUAAUGGUGUUAUGGAAAAAGUUGGGGAAAUAACCAAUGCUAGUGGAAAUGAGCAUGUUGAAAAAGAAAUCGGGUGUAUAAAUGUGGAUCUAAAUAAAAUACAGGAUAUAAAGAAAAAAGAUGAUAUUAUAAAUAAUUUAGAUAAUAAGUAUUCACAAAAAAUUGAGAAUAGAAACAAAAAUAACGAAGAAAAAUUUGCUAGACAAAAAAAUAAUUCAGAAAUGAAAAAAUCGGAUAAAAUUUAUAAUAGUUGUUCGAAAAUAAAAAAAAACGAAAAUAUAAAGGAAUUAAAUUUACUAAAUAAAAAUAAAGAUUGUACAAAAUAUUCAUCAAUCGAUAAUCCUGGUUGUUGUUCCAAAUAUCCAAAGUGUACUUGCUAUAGUAUUAAUAAUUCUUGCAAAACUUCUAAAAUUCAAAAAAAAAAUAGAAAUAAUAUAAUGGGUUCUAAUAUAGAUGCAAUUUGUUCAAAUAAAACAAACAGAAAUGAUUCUACUAAUAAUACUCGAGAUAAAGAAAAGAAAGAAAAGAGGAGAAAGAAGGAGCAGAUAAAUAAAACUCAAGGAUCAAUUGAAGGUUCACAGGCUAAUAUAAAAAAAGAAAUUGAUAUACGCACAUUUAGAUGUAACACAUCUAUAUCCAAUCAAAAUUACAUUAAUAAUUUGAAAAUAUCAACUAUUAAUGAUCAUAAUAAUUAUGAGCAAGAUGAAAGCAAAUCUAUAUAUAACCUAAAUGAAUUAACAAAUGAAGAUAAAGAACUUCUUACUCAAUAUAUUCAUAAAUAUGGUCCUAUUUCAGUUAAUAAUAAUUAUGAGCUUUUAAUGAGGGAUAAAAGUUUAGCUAAAAGUGCAAUGAACACAUUAUAUAAAUCUACUAUUCCCGAUAAAAAAAAUACAUCUAGAACACCAUACCAAGGAAAUAGUAGAGGAAUAAUGAAUUCAAUAUCUCAAAAUCGUGAAAAUGUAAAACUUGAACAUUCUAAUUUUGAUAAACAAAACUGUAUAAUAGAUAGAAAUACAGACAUAUAUCCAAAUUUUAUAUACGAGCAAUUAAGUAAACCCAUUAGUAUGCCAAAUAUCGACGAACCAAAACAAAAUAAUAUAAAUAAAACUGCUGGUUUUAAAGAAAGAAGCAACAUAAAUAAUAAUGAAAUAAUGUAUAAUGCUGAGAUGAAUUCUGGAUAUUGUCAAAAUAAGUCUAAUGCUGGAAAUAUUCUUCCCUAUGAUCCAAAAAUGAAUAUUAAAAAUAAAUAUUACAAAAAAAGAAAUCAAAGGGAUAUAGAAUGUAUGAUAAAUGACAAUUUUGAAGAUUUUUCAGGAUAUAGAAAUGAAAUAUAUAAUAACCCUUAUGACGAUUGCAACGGAAUUGCACCAAUAAUGAAUAAUAAUCGAUUUGUUAAUAAUUCGAAAUCAUUCGGAAUACAAGAUAUAAUGAAUAUAAAUAACAAAAUUGGAAAUAUAAUAAAUGGUGAUGAUGAUGAUAUAUUGCACAAUACAAACUUAGAUAGAAAUAAAAUAUGGACAAAUGUAGCAGGCAACAAAGGAAUGACAAAUGUAAUGGAAAAUAAUUCCUCUAAUGUGAAGAAUAUGUUUAAAUAUUCUAUGGGGUCAAAUAAAAUGAGAGAUUAUGAUAUUUCAGGAAAAUCUAUGCAAGCUAAUAACAGUUAUAUUAGUACAGAAACAAAUGAUGAUAGGCAACUUGAAGAAAUAAAUAACUUUUUAAUGAAUAAGGAAAAUAAUUUACAUAAAAAGGAAAUGCAUAUGAGCUUUAAUCAGAAUCAUAAUAUAUCAAACCUAUAUAAUGAAAUAGAUGCAAAUUACGAUACUGAAAAUCUUGGAAACACAAAAACACAAAACAAAAAUACAAAAAAUAACAAUCGAAAAGGUGGAAAAAUUAAAAAAUCAAAAUCUUUUGGAGGUACUAUAAAAAAAGGAGGAACUGUUUUUAAUUUAGAUUUAGAAUCAUAUAGAAUUAAAAAAACGCCACUAUGUAUAUAUUCAGUUAGUGAUAUAUGCAAUAAUUAUAAGCUUAGUAAAAAACACAUAAAAUAUACAGCAUCCUAUGAAGUAGCUGUAGAUUGUGAUUGUACUAUACAUCAUAGUAUUCAAUGUGUUAAAGAUUAUGUCGGUUUUUUAAAAGAAGUUCAUUUAAAAAAAAAAAAAAAAAAUGAGCAAAAUAAAUAUGGAUUUAAAGCAAAAUCGAAUAAUAAAGGGCGGAAACAAAAUAAAAAUUUGGAAAAUGGAAAUGAAUGUAAUAAAAAUGCUGAGAAAAAUGAUACUCAAUUUUCAGAAGUAUCAAAAACUAAUAUAAAAGUAGAAGAAAAUAAAAUGGGUUCUAAAGAAAAAAUGUUCAUAAAAAAAGAAAAACUAUCUGAAUCGGAAAAUGAAAAAGAAAAUGAAAAAGUAAAUAUAAAAGUAAAUAUAAAAGAAAAUAUCAAAAAGGAACGUAUGAACGAUGUAAAAAAUAAAGUCAAGAAAGAAAAUAACAAAAAUAAUGAAAUAAAAAAAAGAGACAAAGAAGAUGAAGAAUAUGAAGAUGAAGAAUAUGAAGAUGAAGAUGAAGAAGAUGAUGAUGAGGAUGAAGAAGAUGAUGAAGAAGAUGAGGAUGGAGAAGAUAACAUAUAUAAUUUAAGUCAAUGUAAUAAUAUAUUAUAUAAUAUAAAUAAAAUAUGGCAUCCAGGAUUUAAUAGACCAUUAGGAGAUGUUGGAAGGAAAUUAAUUCUAAAAGAAAUAAGGGAGCACCAUCAUAGGGAUCCUAAAAAAACAACAGAUUUAUUAUUAGAACGAGGUUUAGAUUAUGGAAAAGUUCGAUUUAUGAGAGUUAAUGAAUUAUAUCAUUAUAUGUAUGCGUUAGACAGUUUUGAAUAUGCAAUAAAAAUAUCGUUAGAAUUUGGAUCAAAUAUUAGAAUGAGUACAAUUAGUAAUAAAGUAGACCAUUCAUCAUUAUGUUUAAAUUUAAAAAGUGGAUAUUCAUAUUGUUUGAUAUGUUGUUCGCAAAGGCCAGAUAUAUAUGGAUUAUAUUCUAACAUAAAUCUAAUGCAACAUAUGUUGCUUUUACAAAGUUCUUAUAAAUAUCUGAAUAAGUUUGCGAGAAAAACAAACCUUCCAAAAAAAGAUAAACUAGCCAGAGCUAUGCGUAGAACUAUGGAAAAAAAUAGAAAUGAUUUAGAUAAAAUAAAGGAAGUAUUGAAAGAAAAUGAAGAAAUUUGUAAUAAAUACCCUGAAGAAGAUAUAGAAGAACGACAUAGAUAUUAUAUGAUUCAAAAAAAUUGGAAUUAUGUAAAAAAAAAAAAAAAUAGAAUCAACAAAAAUGAUUCACAAUCCCCUAUUGGUUAUUUUAAUGAUAAUAAUUUUUCAGAUGUAAAAAAAGACGGCACUAACGAUUAUAUUAUUGAAAAUGAUAAAAUAUAUUCAUACAAUAAUUUAAAUGUAAAUAUAAUAUGUGAAGAUAAUACAAAUGAAUCACCCACUUAUGAAGCAAUUAACAAAUAUGAAGGUAAAUAUAGUUUAAAUGGAAAUAAUAUCUAUAAUUCUGAUACAAGCAUAAAAAAUAAUAAACAAAUUUAUUAUGAAAGUGAAAUAGAUGAUAAAACUUCAAAAAAUAAAGAUAAAUUACAAGAAGAAUGUAGAAAUGUUGACCAAAAUAAUAUUCAUGAUCAUAAUAAUGAUAGUAAAAAUGAAGAGGAUUAA